CUGCGUGUCCGUAGUUAAGUCGAUGAGAUAUAUGCGCAGUGACGGACGUGUAUUUCAGUAGUGUUAGUGCUCGGCUUUAAUUUUCAUCGGACCAGUUUGGAACGCAGAAAUAUUAUUCAGAAUGAGCCGAAGCUACAAUGACGAGCUUCAAUACCUGGAUAAAAUCGGUAAAAACUGCUGGCGCAUCAAAAAAGGGUUUGUCCCGAACAUGCAGGUGGAAGGGGUUUUCUAUGUGAAUGACCCGCUGGAGAAGCUGAUGUUUGAGGAGCUCAGGAACGCCUGUCGAGGGGGAGGGUUUGGUGGCUUUCUUCCUGCUAUGAAACAGAUUGGCAAUGUGGCUGCAUUACCUGGAAUUGUUCACAGGUCCAUUGGUCUGCCGGAUGUGCACUCUGGUUACGGGUUUGCUAUUGGAAACAUGGCUGCCUUUGACAUGGACAACCCUGAUGCUGUGGUCUCACCAGGUGGUGUGGGGUUCGAUAUUAACUGUGGAGUCCGACUGCUGCGUACAAACCUGGACGAAGGCGACGUGCAGCCGGUCAAGGAACAGCUCGCUCAGUCCAUGUUUGACCACAUUCCCGUGGGAGUGGGAUCCAAGGGCGUCAUCCCCAUGAACGCCAAGGAUCUGGAGGAAGCGCUGGAGAUGGGGGUGGACUGGUCCCUGCGAGAGGGCUAUGCCUGGGCGGAGGAUAAGGAGCACUGUGAGGAGUAUGGCAGGAUGCUGCAGGCUGACCCCAGCAAGGUCUCCUCCAAGGCCAAGAAGAGGGGGCUCCCGCAGCUGGGGACCCUUGGCGCUGGAAAUCACUACGCUGAGAUCCAGGUGGUCGAUGAGAUUUACAACGACUACGCUGCCAAGAAGAUGGGCAUUGAUCACAAGGGCCAGGUGUGCGUCAUGAUCCACAGCGGCAGCAGGGGGCUCGGGCAUCAGGUGGCCACAGAUGCCCUGGUUGCGAUGGAGAAGGCAAUGAAGAGAGACAAGAUCAUAGUGAACGAUCGGCAGCUGGCUUGUGCCCGGAUCUACUCCCAGGAGGGUCAGGACUACCUGAAGGGCAUGGCUGCAGCUGGGAACUACGCCUGGGUCAACCGCACCUCCAUGACCUUCCUAACCAGACAGGCCUUCGCCAAAGUGUUCACCACGACCCCUGAUGACCUGGACAUGCACGUGAUCUACGACGUGUCCCACAACAUUGCCAAGGUGGAGGAGCACGUGGUCGAUGGGAAGCAGCGCACGCUGCUGAUCCACAGGAAGGGGUCCACAAGGGCCUUCCCGCCCCACCACCCCCUCAUCGCCGUUGACUACCAGCUGACUGGGCAGCCUGUCCUGAUUGGAGGCACCAUGGGGACGUGCAGCUACGUUCUGACCGGUACCGAGCAGGGAAUGACCGAGACCUUUGGAACCACCUGCCAUGGAGCUGGUCGAGCGCUGUCCCGUUCAAAAUCGCGACGCAACCUGGAUUUCCAGGAUGUUUUGGACAGUCUUGCAGACAAGGGUAUUGCGAUCCGUGUCGCCUCCCCCAAACUGGUUAUGGAAGAGGCUCCCGAAUCCUACAAAAAUGUAACAGAUGUUGUGAACACUUGCCAUGAUGCAGGGAUCAGCAAAAAAGCAAUCAAACUGCGACCUAUUGCAGUCAUCAAGGGUUGAGAGAGCCGUGGACGGAAUGUCGCCAGUAGCCUUUUGGAACAGCCCCUGCAAAGACUUCCUGUUUAGAAAAUCUUCAGUUUGGAAGUUGAUCUGAGCUUGUGUGGACCUGAUGGAUUGAAUCCAGCUACAGCACUUACUUGAGUUUCACUGCAAGGAGUAUAUUCAAAACGGCUUCGACCAGCAUUCACAAGUUUAAAAAUGCCUUAAAAUUAACGCUGAAGGAAAGUAAAUUAGAUUCAGUUGUUUUUGUUUUUUGUUUUUCCUCUAACUGAAUUUAGGGUGGAUUUAGUGUUUCCCUUGGAAAAUUUAAUUGAAUGAAGCUGGCUAAUUUCUGUUUUUUUGUUUACUUUGUUUAGGAAUAUUAUUGAAAUCAACAGGUGCCAGGAGUUUAAAUAAUCAGGCCCCUGUUAGUGUGCUCUGCACUGAUCCCACUGGAAUAAGUCUCUCCUGCAUCUGUAGGUUGACUGUUAGGAGUUGCUCAUGCAGCUAUAGAAGGAACAUCUUUAACUGUGCUCUAUCUCCUGGCUACUGAAUCAUUUCAAUAAUUUACUUAAUAGAUGGGAGUUCUGAAACCCAGGACUGGGAGCAGGGAUAGUGUGAGUCUAACCCUGGUAUACUUUAUAUGUUUAAAAGCAGAGUUGUGUGAUAUUUACCGGCUAGUUUUGUUUUACAAAGCACGUAUGCUGUACUUUGAUGAAUAAAGCCCUGAAUGAAUGAACUGCAAAACAGUGUUAUAAUGAUUUCUUAAGCUACUUCAAAUUGUGGAUUUGAUAAAAAGCAUGUCUGUAACAUACAACCCACACCACAGCUAUCAGAAUGAUGAUAAAGUAGAGGACCAUGACGGAUAUGUACAGAAUUGUAUACAAUGAGAAAUGGUGAUAAGUAGCUUCAUUAAAAUUGCGCAAGUGGUAUUUAGGCCCUACUGUGGGUAGGUAGCAAAUGAGGUGUUGACAUCAUGGUACAUGAUAUAAAAAUGACUGAUUAAAGCAUGUGGAAUAACUUUGUGUUGUGAAGAUGCAUUCAAGUUUGAUUCUAAUUUGAAUAAGAGGUUUUCCAGAUCUGGAAAGAUGUGUGUGACACACAGAUUAUGUUAAUGUCUGCUUUUUGUCUGUUUUUAUUUUGAUAUAAUGACUUGUAAUAUUUUUAAGUGUUCGUGGCCACCUCAAAUCAAGUUGAGAGUGUACUUUCUCUUGCACUCUUCCUGAAAAAGCAAAGCGUGUGUGAGAAGUACACAACUUGAUUGCUGCUUUUGUAAAAGUGGCCAAACGACUGAAGUAGUUCUGCUUUUUUGAAAAAAAAAAAAAAAAAAAAGUUUGCAAUCUUGGUCUCAAGAAUAGCAGGGCAGUCAGAGAGGUGAUUCAGACAGAGUGUAUAUUCAAUGGGAAUUUUGCACAUCAGUGGCACAUCCAGGAGUUCAAACAAGCAGAGAGUGCAGUGGGGUAUCUGGAAUUGUAUUUCAGUAAUCGAGUUACCCAAGGUUAGAAUGCAGGGAAGAAGUCUGUUCUGCAAUUCUUAAUUUCAGAUGUUCCCCAAUGAAAUACCCUGAUAGUGAGUUUGUUUAAUUGCAGUGCAGGGUGACUGGAUGAUGUUGUGGUGAGGUCCUGGGUUCAAUGGGCUGAUACAGUAAUGAAUGUAAGCAGAGAAACUACAGUGGUUCAGUUACAGCAGUUACUUCCAAUUGCAUCUCUGUGGGUAUGACUUGAUACAAAUGAUCCUUUACUCCCAGCCUGUUUAAGUACAUGUGAACCGUUUAGCUUUAUUUCAUACAUGUGAACUAUUGAAUGGGAGUUUCCCUCUCAUAAAAUGUACAAUGUGGACCUAAAUACAGGAUACAAGACAUGAGUACUGGCAAAGUUAGUCAACGUUUUUAACUUUCAAUUUUAUUUUUUUAAAUAGUCAUCAUUUUUUUUUUUUUUUUUUUUUUUU